AUGUGUGGAAUCGUCGCCAUCUUUCGCUCUAUGAUGCCUGAAGCAGAACUACGUCAGACUGCACUAUCUGCUGGCAAGAAAAUUCAGCAUCGUGGCCCAGACUGGAAUGGUGUGCGUGUCUUCCCUGAUCGUGGCGUUGCUAUUGAACAUGAACGUUUGGCUAUUAUCGACCCGGAAUCGGGUGCACAGCCUCUUGUUAGUAACGAUCCAGAGCAAAGAAUUACGUGUGGAGUUAAUGGAGAGAUUUACAAUUACAAGGAGUUGGCUACACGUUUAAAAACGCCGUACAACUUCUUGACUAAAUCGGAUUGUGAAAUUAUUAUUCCACUUUACCUUGAAUUUGGUCCAGAGUUUGUUCAUCUUUUACGUGGUAUGUUCAGUUUUGUGCUCUACGAUCAUGAAAAAGAUUUCUUUCUUGCUGUUAGAGAUCAUAUGGGUAUAACACCAUUGUAUUAUGGUUAUGGAGCUGAUGGAAGCGUCUGGUUUGCGUCUGAAAUGAAGGCAUUAGAAGAAGAAUGUGUUCGUUUUGAAGUCUUUCCUCCUGGUCAUAUCUUUACAAGUGAUACCGAGACAUGUACACCAUGGUACAAACCUAAUUGGUACGCUCCUGACCAUCUUGGUCAAACUCCUUUGGAUCUUAUGGCACUUCGUGAAGCAUUUGAAAGUGCAGUAAAGCGUCGUAUGAUGUCCGAUGUUCCAUGGGGUGUCUUACUUUCAGGUGGUUUAGAUUCAUCACUUGUAGCAUCUAUUGCUGUUCGAGAGAAACAAAAACUUGUAGCUCAAGGAGGUGAAUGGAUCAAUAAGAUUCAUUCAUUUACAAUUGGUCUUGAGAACUCUCCUGAUCUUAAAGCUGCACAAGAAGUAGCACAAUUUCUUGGUACAGUUCAUCACUCGUACACGUAUACGAUUCAAGAAGGUUUAGAUGCUGUUUCUGAGGUGAUUAAACAUUUAGAGACGUACGAUGUUACUACAAUCCGUGCAUCAACUCCAAUGUUUCUCAUGUCACGAAAGAUUAAAGCAAUGGGAAUUAAAAUGGUUCUGUCUGGUGAAGGUGCUGAUGAAGUCUUUGGUGGAUAUUUGUACUUUCAUAAAGCACCAAAUGCUGAGGCUUUUCACAAAGAAACUGUGGCGAAACUUCAAUCAUUACAUCAAUAUGAUUGUCUACGUGCGAAUAAAUCAACAAGUGCAUGGGGUUUAGAAGCUCGUGUCCCAUUCCUAGAUUCGGAUUUCCUCGACUUGGCUAUGAAUAUUGAUACGCGUGAAAAGAUGAUCAAUACUCAAGCUCAAAAGUUUGAAAAGUAUAUCAUUCGCAAAGCAUUUGAUGACAAGGAACAUCCGUAUUUGCCUGAAAACAUUCUAUGGCGUCAAAAAGAACAAUUCUCGGAUGGAGUGGGAUAUGGUUGGAUUGAUUCACUUAAAGCAUUAGCUGAAAAGACAGUUUCGGAACGUCAAAUGAAACAUGCUGAACGUCUCUUUCCAUACAAUACACCACAAUCAAAGGAAGCAUAUUGGUACCGUAGUAUCUUCCAACAUCAUUUCCAUCGUGAAGUAGCAGCUCAAACUGUACCAGGUGGUCCAAGUAUUGCAUGCAGUACGCCAGCAGCUAUUGAAUGGGAUGCUGCAUUUAAAAAUGCUGCAGAUCCAUCGGGUCGUGCCAUUGCUGGAGUUCAUGUUGAUGCUUAUACUGAAUAA